AUGUCAGGUCAGAUGCCAUUUAACCCUACUCAGUCCCCACCACCAUGUAUGCCACCCCCUUUCAAUAUGGCUCCUCAAAUGCAACCGAUGGCAGAUAUUGGUCCUCAAACACCUGUAGAUGCACCUUCUACCAGCCAUAGAGGCAGUUGCACACCAAUUGCAUCUGUUGAGAUUUCAGAGGGUGAACAUGACUGUAUGCUAUACUUGAACAAACCUUUUCGCCUGGUUGCAAGAGGUAGAGUAUAUCAUACAGUGGCUGGGGACUCCUUACAUAAUAUGGCUCUUCCUCCAAAGCAUGGUAAGGUUUCUAUAGAGGUAGUGCAACGACAUGAGGAGGACUCUACACUGCCUGUCCCAAAUGAAGAAGCAAACUUGUAUUCCCUAAGAGAUGCCAUUGGUACUUAUGUUUCUUGGCCAUUAUCCCUAAUCACUUUAAGACCCAAGGUUGCCCCUUCAUCAGGUAAAGGGUUAGGGAAAGAGAUAAGCUACUCAAAAGAGUUCAUUGUUGGUCCAUCCAAUAAAGGUAGCACUGGUUGUGUGUCAUCGGAGAUUCUUAAGUUGGCAGAAGCCCAAGCUGCUGCAUGCUUGGAUAUGAUGAAGCUGCUUGUGAGAAGUGAUCAAGCCAUUGAUAUAGCUACAUUUCAACUGACAAGUGAGCAUUGGGGUAAAGAGUUUUGUGACAUUGUGGGGAAGGAAAACAUCAUAGAAGUCAUAUGUCGACAUUGGUUGAGUGCCUCUAGCAUUAAUCUUUACAUACGAUAUUUGUGUGAAGCUUAUUUGCAUGGGACAAUGGCAAAUAGAUUCUCAUUUAUAUCUUCGUAUGAAAUGGAUGAAGCGCUCAAUCCAAACCCACAUCAACAUAUAACUGAAAUGUUGAAGCGUCAUAUGGGUGAAGAUCACUUGAUUUUUGCACCUUAUAAUGUUGGGCAACAUUGGGUCUUGGUUGCCAUCAAUACUGGUGACGAGACUAUCUAUUACAUGGACCCUCUACGCAAGCAGCUGAAGAUCAGAACACACAUGCAAAACCUAUUUAAUAAGUAA